AUGGCAGAUGCUGAGGAAACCCCGGCCGAAGCACCGGCUGAAGGUGAGCAGCCUGCAGAAGACGCCGCCGCACCAGCCGAGGAAGGAGGAGAAAAACCUGCGGAGGAGAAUGCAAACGAAGGUGGCGCUCAGGAUGGUGAAGGAGGUGAUAAAGAUGCGGCCAAAGAAGGCGAAGGGGAAGCAGACGAGAAAAAAGAUCCCGAGAAACCGGCUACUUCCGACUGCUUGCCGGAGAAGAAAGAUGAAGAGAAAAAAAUUGAGGAAGAGGAACAAGGUUGUUGUUGUGUAAUAAUUUAACUACCACUUAAUUCACGGAUAUAGUUAUUGGUUUUGCGAAUUCUUAGUUACUGGUGAAGACUCAAGAAACAUUGGGCAGGCGGGAAUCGAGAACGUUUACAAAAUUCUCCUUCAAUCUGAAGUCAGCGUUGGAACAUAUUUUUAUGGUCUCGGAUGAGCAAAGUAGGAGUUGAAAAAACUUUGCAAAGAUGAUAAAUAAUAUUUUAUGGUGAGAGCUUCGUAUGAGGCUUCCAGUGUAACAAGUGGAAGUUUCAUUUGGAAAUUAGAGACGGUUUUUUCUCUGAUGCUCUUUUGGAAAUGUUUUAUCAUUUUUUGCGUAGAAUAUUCAACAUUUUAGGGAGAGAAUUACGAAUAUUUGUAAAUUUUGAUGAGGUUUUAGUUUUCUAUCUGCCACACCCUGAAUUGACAAAUUGAUGCAAUAUAUAUAUAUUUAAAAAUCGGGUCUCUUUUUUCAAGUAUUAUGUAAAAUAUUACUUUUUUUCUAUCGAACUGGAAAGCAGUUGAAUAAAUUGUGAAUGCCGUCGCCUUGUGUAACCCGUAGGAAAUAUAUUAGUUUAAACAUUUCGUUUUACAAGGUAGACAUUUGCUUUCACAGCAAUAAUAUAUAUAUGUACCUGCUAACAGACUUAUGUAGUUUUGUAGAAAUAACAGGUUCUUUUGGCCUAAUUUUUGUACGAUUUAAUUUUAAUUGGUAAAAUUAAGAAUGGGUGCUUUUUAAAAACGGAGUGGCUUGCACUAGUUCUGGUUUCUUGAAGGAAAGAUUUUCGAGUUAAAUUAAAUUUACGGGUAGAAAUAAAAUUUUAAUGAGAAAAAAAAUUCUGAUGUUGUCAAUUUGUUACCUCGUGGCGUCGAAUGUAACCUCUGUCAGAGUAAGAGACGCGAUCGAUGAAACAUUCACAUUCUUUGAAAAUCUUUUUACUUUUUACGACGUUGGUAAUGAACUCCUGGUUUGGUUUCAGAAGUUAACACCGACUGGUACCAAUGUAAGAAACUACUUCAGCCACCUGCUAGUUAAAUGAAAUAACAAAAACAGACCUUGAAAGGCAAUUGAACAUAAAAGAGCCAUCGAUAGAUAAUUUGGUCAUGUAUGAUAAACCAUAAGCCGCGCAUGUGCAGACCAGAGACUCCCGGUUUGUAAUUCAGCGGGAGAUGUCAAGUGGACAUAAAAUCUGAAUCCUUUCCAUUCACUGCAAGUCCACCACGUGACCUGAAAACGACUCUGCACAUGAUAGUCUGCUUGUAAUACUGUGCUGCGUGGCAUAAAAAUUUAGCAAAUUUCAAGCAUUUUUCCGCACAAAAAAUCUAGAGAAAUGAAAACGAUUGUGAAUUAAUUUACUUUGGUUGAAUCGCCAGAACGAAUCAGUUACCUUGACGCACCCAUUUGAAUAAUUUAACACAAAGUAGUGAAUUCAGAAAUAAAAUUUUCUGUUCUUCUCUCGAGAAAAUUCCGCAGUUUUGAGAGAAGAUCGCAACUCGAAAUUAGUUACCAUAACAAAUUUUAUUGAUUGCGACCCUCAAAAAUCUGUCUCAUCAAAUCAGCAUGCAAUAAUUAUCCAUCUGCGAAAGAAAACUCGCACAAAAUUUUCAGGUUAUAUGGGAAAUGAUAUUCUACUCUUGCACAGUUCUUUCCUUUCGAUUCCUUGUUCUUUCAUUCGUUCUUUUAAGCCGUCAGUAAGAGAUUUUCGAAAAUCAUGAUUAAACUAGAACUCUGUAAUCGAAUUAAAGACAAACGCGUCACAUCAUAAAAUUGAAAAAAUAAGGAUAUUUUGCCCCCUCCGCCCGUUCAAUAAUUGUUUAACACUGCACUAUGGGUUGGGUAAUUCUAAAGCUAAUAGAGGUGCAUGUUUAGAAGACUGUAGGAGUCUCCAAACCUUUAGGUAUCCAACGCUCUGCAUUGACGUAUUACGCUCACUGUGGAAAUACCAAGACAGAACCAGCGGUAAAAAGCGCAACUGCUAUUAAUUCUCCAAAUUGCAUAGAAAUCGUAUGGAAAUCGGUUGUUCAAAACAACGGCGAUAGAAAAAAGGAGCUAAUCGUAGGGUUAAAUUGCCGUAAAAAUCUUAGAGAACGGGGCUGAAAACCUGAUUGAAUAUGCGGGCUAUUGACCCACUCUGACCUUAAGAUUAGCAGAAUAAAGUGAUAACUGUGGUGACAAAAAUAUCUAGCAAAUCCACAGAUUCAGCAAUGAAAAAAAGUUGCACCAAGAAGAAAAGAUAAAAAAACAAAAUCUAUAUGACGAUAAAGUAAGUGCCGAAAUCGAUUCCUUAGAAGGUGACAAUUUUCGGCUUACCCACUCCACCCUUCCAAAAACGCUGACGUUACUGGCGGGAAGCCUGUGAAUGACGUCUCGCUGGCGCAAGUAAACGGACAUUUUCAGUUUCGGUGGAAAGUCAUCUUGUCAAUAUGGCUUAGAUAACUAAUUUUAAAGCAGUUAUUCAUAAAAUGCUUCUUCCACGACGACUCGCAACAAUUUUCAUCAUUGUAGUGCUGUUGGAUCCCAGCCAAAUCGAAAGUGAAGGACAUCGGAGAACUCGAGGUAAGUUUAAACUUGAUUUUUAAACAGCGAGAAAGUUGUCUUUAAAUCAUUUUAAUAACUCGAUUUUUAGAAAACUUAUAUCUUAAACAUUGAUAGAAAUUUCGCAUUUGAUAAAAUUUCUGUUUCACUGAUUGUCACAUUUUGAGAAGACAGCGAAUGAGCAAUUAAAUUUAGCUUUCGUUAAGCCGGUCUUGUCAAGCAACUAAGGUGAAGUCAUCUUUUCAAAACAGUUCAGCUAUAUUUGUGGACAUUUCUCACGUUAACUUUCUGUUUUAUCUUCGUUAAAAAUUUCAGUUUCUUAGAUGAAAGUUACCCGUCUAUUUUGAUCGAUUUCUCUAAACUAAAGUUAAAUGGAAUAUUCCGAUUUGCCAAACUCAGUAAAAAUCUUAAACACAAUAGCAAGUUAUUCCUUGAGUUUGAUUGAUAAAUUGAAGCUGUCGUGCCCUCCGGUUUCGGUUAAUUAGUUACAAAAAUAUCAGAAUCAAGUAAAAUGAAAGCUUAGCACAUGAUAGUGAAGUACUGGGAAGAUUUUGUUAUUGAAGAAUCAAUUUUAAUCUCGGUUAACUUUGAAAAUUUGCGAUUGCAAGUGUACUACAUAAUCUGAAAGUAUCGCUGCUCGUUACCAUUGCGGUUUUCGAUUAUGUAAGGAAACUGUUUUUGCGAGAUAACCAUUCUUGACGAAAAAUCACACAGUUAGAAGUCUAUAUUUACACAAAACGAUCAGUUAGAAAUUUUUUCAAGAAAUAUAUUUAUCUAUUAGGUAUUUUUAUAUUUUCCGAAUCUGUUUCAUGGACAGAUGGAUUAGAUUUACUCGUGAAGCGAUGGAACUAGUGCAUUCUCCUUUCCAGUCAAACCUAAGUUGUUUAUGAUCAUUGAACAAUAAUACCUAGCAUAUUAGGAAGCUCCCAAUAAACUGUCAUAAUUUUUUCUUCGUUUAUAUAAAUAUGUUCCUUGAACUUGGCUUUGUCAUAAUAUUUACUGAUCAUAAAAGGCACCAAAAAUCAAAUUUGUUCAGAACUUAUAAAGGGGUAAGUUUCUGAAGAAACUGGAACUAUGGUGCAGCGUUGGCGACGGGUAUUGCGAGAUAAUUUGCUUUUAUCAACUGAGUUGAUAAUUUAAAUUAGCCAUCGUAAAGAGUUUUUAAAGCCGAUGUUCCGAGCUUUAGCCUUUCGUAAGAGCGAAACUAGUUGUCUCUAAACUCUAUCAAAGGCGAAAUCAGUAUCUCGUAAUCAUAUCUUAUCGAAACGCAUAUCACCACGAGGAAGACACAGUUCAUAGCAUCGAUCAUCCUCCAAAUUUACUGGCCAAAUUAUGGCAACAUCGUAGCGCAUUUCGAUUGAGAGUCGUGAUAUAAAAACAGCCGACCAAGUAACUGAAUCAAAAUGUGUUGUAGAGGUCGAGGGUUGGAGUCCCCAAACGGACCAACCCUUAGGAUAGUUAAAUAACUGAGGGGAAUGAACUGUCCUGUCCCGACAUCUGAAAAUGGUUUGACGUUUUAGUUUGCUCGGAUAAGGACGAUAAACUGUACGCCCCGUCGCCUGUAUCAUCUCUCUACUGGUCAGAAGAGGACAUUAAAAAACCCACGCACACCCUCACACAGAGGAGGGAAUGUAGCUCCCGGUUACUCUCUCUAGUUACUACUGUUUGUACAGGCCCUCGUUUAAAUAAGCUCUGAUGCUAAACUGGGCCAGCCUGUCUAAAUGUCACAGAUAAAUAAAUAAAUAAAUAAAUAAAUAAGUGAAUAAAUAAAAGGAAAUUCGCGCAGAGCCUGUGAGAAAUUGAGUAAAUUCUGCCGGGCGCGGAAAAACACGUGUAUGACCAAGUCGCAAUCACUUUCAGUCCUGCAUCUGAUUAGUUAAGCCGGUGGCUUGAGUUUUCAUGUCAAAUCACCAAGGGAACAAAAGAGAAAAGCCAUGCAAAUCUGGAUCAUGAUUAUUUUUGUUACUAAGUUAUGAAUUCUUACAGGAAAUGUGUGCUCAUACAUAUCUUUUGGUAAAACAGAUCACAAUGAUGGAGACUUCCUGAUAGACAUACCACGGAAGGAAGCUCGACUCAACAGAGAAGACAAGCUUACGAACAACGCAGAUGACCCUCUUGAGCAUGCACGACAACGCCACCUACACGAACAACAUGUAAAGGAGAAAUCAGCUACACAUCAUGCUAAGGAGCCAGGCCAGGAAAUUGAAGAACAUGACUCUAGUGGUAUAGAAGAUGACAGGGGUAACAAUAGGGAUGAGGAGAAUCGUGUUGAGGUGUCGGGCAGUCGUUUGGAAGACGAUGAGGGGGAGGGCGAAGGUCGUUCGGGCGAUGAGAGCCACGCUGAUGUUCAAGAAAUUAAUCAUCACACCCAUCAAAUUCAUUCGCGGGAAGAUUCUAAAUUGAAAGUUGGCAAGCGUCUUGAUCAACACAGGGAUGAAGGCGAUGACUUCGGUUACAUCACAGAUGAAAAUGAUACUAAUUCUGAAAGAGAUGUCGAGGCAUCUCGUUCUGGGGAACGACACCACCACGUAAAAAAGAACAUCGCGGGAGAAGGGGACAGGGUUGAACAAUCUGGAAAAGAGGAGAUUUACGAGGGAAGUGAUUUGCAAACAAGCAGUGAAUGGAAGGAAAGAGAGGCAAGCCUUCUCUCUCCAGACGAGGAAGAUUCAUCUGGAGCCAGAGACCUACCGGAGGUGGAUGAUAGUGAUGAAAUACCAGAAGAGGAAAACGAUGGCAAAGAAAGCGAGCGCAGUGGCGAAGAAUACAUCGAAGAAUUCAAAGGUGAAGAUCAAGAUUCUAAAGAAAAGAACGUUGGUCUAAAAGGCGCGAAGGACAAGAUUAAAUUGGAACUGGAAAAAAGCAGUGAGGGUCCAGAUUCGAAAAGAAAAGAGCAAAAGACUCGCAGAAAAAACAACGAGAUAAAAAAACCACUUAAGACCACUAUAGGCGGGGAAAAGAAAAUUGAACAGAUACGCAAACCCUUGGCGGGUAAAAAAGGAAGUAUUUCAGUCGACAAAACCCUCACUCAGAACCACCGGAAGGUCAAAGUUCAUACAGGAACCGAUCUCUCUCAAGAGAAGAACAAGUUCUUUCCUCGUGGAAAAACCAACAAAAAGACCAAAUCCAGACUAUCAAAUGCUUACAGAGACCGUCAAAAGCGGAAAACCAGAAGAGAUGGAUCAAAAUCACGACCCCCUGAAGGACUCCUUAGAGCAAAUGACUUCUACAUUGAUGAAAUCAACGAACCCGUAGAGAAAUUGGUUCCUUUGGAAACAGACGAGGGAAAUAGUGAUGGUGAAUUUGCCGGUGGAGACAAUAAAAACCUCAAGAAACGCGCAGAAGAUGGCUACGGUCAAAAGUUUAGAAUGGGGAACUCCAGACGCCUGCUGCAAUUUAAUAACGAAAGUGAUAAUUCAGAGCCUCGUCCAGGUUUGUGUCUGACUUAAUCUGCAAACGUUCUCGUAUUAAGUGACUAACUUAAACUCUACUGAGAAGCAAAAUUUGAGCCGAGACGAUUUAAGCCGCACAUUGUGCCUAAAAAGGGAAGAAGAGUGCACUCCGUAAUGAGAAACAGAAAAUUCAAUCAAAGAAUUGAUAGUACGUACACUUUCAAGGAACUUGAAGACUUGACAUCUUUGAGGACCAGUAGUUAUUUGUCGGGGGGGAGGGGAGGGUAGGGGAUCGGAGGAUUUUGGUUGUGUCACGACAAAAUUUACCCGCCUCCGCUCUCACCCCUCCCCCCCACAAGACUUUAUGAUAUUCUUAUGUCCCCCCCCAUUGGUAGUUUAUUGGCAGUCAAGUAUCUAUAGUCCCCCCCCCCUUUAUACUCUGUUGGCCACGACUGAUCCCCCCACCGUUCCUUCUGCAAACCAUGUGACCCCCCACAAAAAUUUCCGACUCUCCAAGACCUUAUGACCUUUACACCCCAAUUCUGUGCUGAUCAUAAUUUCAAUUCUCCUUUAGCGCUUCCCAUCGAUUGUAUUCAUCCUCUUCUCCUCGAUGCGAUAAAAGAAAAUACAAUUAUCUACAUCAGAGCUGAAUGCCGCCUAUGCCACUGUAAGCUGGGUCAGUUCGUCUGCAACCGUAAGCCGGAUAAUUGUGAUGAGCACCCCAGAAAGCCUUGCACUAUGGCGAAUGGACAACUGACAGACGGAGAAAGGCAUUCUGAUGGCUGCAAUAACUGCAUAUGUCGAAAUGGUCGGUGAUGAAGAGACUUAGAUAUGAAAAAGUGACGUAUCCACCCUUCAUUAAGUUGAAGUUGUCAACCUGAAAACUGUGAAAAUUUUUAACACACGGCUCCAAAGAAAUUUUUUACAAUUGAAAUUUGACAAUUGUUGAAGAGAGACUAAGUAAAACGGUUAAGGGUCAAGAAAGUUAUGCGCAUGCUCGCUCUCUUGGACUAAUAAUAGUGACAGGAAGAUGGGUUAAGCACCGACUUACCCCACCCCCCACCCCCAUCCCCCUUUGAUGGGGUACAAAGCAACUGGCUCCUUCGUGACCUGAGUAAAAAAAUGCUGGGGCCUAGUCAACAACUUUUCCUCUCGAAUCUUUUUACCAAGGAUACCCCCUAUGUGCAUGGGCGUUACUAAAGAUAUACACUGCUAGGGCGCAAGGGAUCCUAGGUCAAAAUGAUUAGUGAAACAACCUGUCAUGCCCCCAAAUGCCAGUUAGAGGCUAGCGUGUUAACAUCCCCCUUCCCCACCCCCCACCUCCACAAAAAAGUUUCCCCCAAUUUUCCACGAAAUUACUGUUCAACUGUUUCACUUUUCAGGAGAGUUGCUGUGUACGCGUCUUCGGUGUUUUUCCUCGAAUUACAACUACACCAAUUACCAGAUGCUUUUUGGUAAACAAUACACCCCAGGGGACCCUCAAAAAGCGAUGAUGAAUGAAAGGCUCGUCAGAGGCAAGGACCCGUGUAUGGAAUGCGAUGAUGAACCUGUAGCACCUGUCUGUGGACCCAACUGGAAAACGUACCGUUCAAUGUGCCAUGCUCUAAGAUGCGGCGGGUUUACAGUGGAUGAUGUGAAAGGAGGAAAGUGUGGAGGCUUGGUAAGUGCUUUGUGGUGUAGGGGGGUUAGCGGUCGUUUUCAAACUGAGCCUUAGUUAUCUGGUGUAAAAAGUAUGUCUGCAUUCUUUCCAGAACUUAGGCAAAGUCUAUCGAGUUUUGAAGUCUUCAAUAAAAUGCGCUAAGACUUAUCUGAGCUGCUGUCAACAAGCACACAUUUUUCUAAUAAACAUUACUUUUUUCUUGUCAACAGAAAGUCGUGAAAAUACCAAUCAAUGCUACAAACCAAAACGUCCAUUAAGUUAUUUAUUAUCCAACUGCUUUUCCUGCUAAGUGUUUCUGCUCAUUUCGUAUAAGGCGGGAAAAAAAACAGCGGAUAAAGAAGUGUUGCACGGGCAGCCGACCGGUUAAAAAGGUUUUUUUUACAGCAAAAAUUAACCAACUGUACAAUAUCAUGGGACAUUUGUACUCUUUUCGCGCGAUCUACUUUGUUUAUUUGGAUAGUAAAUGUAUCCUAUUAGACGUUUUGGUGUGUGGUAUGGCUGAGUAUUUUUACGAGCUGUGCCUUAUUUUUACGAGCCCGUAAGGCGAGUCGAAAUACAAACAACGAGUAAAAAUACUCAGCAAUACUACACACCAAAACGCCUAAUUAGUCAAUUAUUAUCCAAUGGCUUUUUUUUCUGCUAAGCUUUUCUGCCCAUUUCUCUUGAGGAGGGAAAAGCAAAGCAGAUAGAGAUGCGUAGAGCGCGGAGCCGACUGGUUAAACAGCUUUUUUUACAGUACAAAGGAACCAAACAGUGCAAAAUAACCAAAUUACCGUGCAAUAUCGCAGGAUAUUUGCACUCUAUUCGCGCGUUAUUUGUAUUCUACUUUGUGCAGUUGGAUAGUAAAAACUGGUUUCGAUUGAGGAGAUGAAGACGAAAAUUUUGUUGCAUAACUUAUAUCAGACCAAGAUAGAUUGAGACUCUCUCGGUCUAAUGCAUGCCUUCAGCAGACAAAUCAAAGCAAAACUUUACCCGAAGCUAAAUUCUUUCUUACAGUUCGCUUGCAUUGACGUCAAGUGCGGAGAGCAUCAGAUUUGUGUCGCUGACAAAAGAGGUCCUUGUCUAACGAAUACCGACAGAGACGGCAACAGUAUCGAAUGCCCACAACAUCAGUGUGGUAAGAAAUUCUGUUAUUUUCAUGAUAAAUAAAUAAAUAAAUAAAUAUCUAUCUAUCUAUCUAUCUAUCUAUCUAUCUAUCUAUCUAUCUAUCUAUAUAUAUAUAUAUAUUGUAUUUAGCAUCUAUUUUCUAUCUGCCCUCUGAUUGGUUCCAAUUCGAGUUAUAAUGCCGGCCGCGAAGCAUGCGCAAGCCGAGCGCCGAUUUCCCGCAAAAACCUUCCAAGGGAAAAUGUUUAAACACCGGUGUAACGCAAUCUUUAUGAAAAUAAUUGAAACGUUCAUACCAAUCUGUAAAGAUAACAAAAAACAAAAUAAAGAAAAGUUCCAAUAAAGCAGAGAAUUCAUUUUCUUUAUGGUAUCAAAUUAUAUUUCUGACUUAAACUUUGAAAUUUGGCAAUUUUCGUCUCAAUGCAGAGAGGUUACUUUUGAAUAUGAAAAUGUAAAUAUUAUUAUUGUUAUAUGAAUAUGAAAUUAUUAUUAUUAUGCCUUCAGUAGACAAAUGAUAAUUAAUAAUAAUAAUUAUUAUUAUUAUUGUUAUUAUAUGAAAAGUCUUGCAACAUUUUCCUGCUGUUUCCAGUCUCUACCAGAGUGAACUGCAGCGCAGCACCGAAGGAAGUCAUAUGUGGUGAGGACCAAAAGACUUAUACGAACAGGUGCACUAUGUUCACCAGUGGUAUUUCUCUGGCUUAUUACGGACAGUGUAAAUUGGAGUGUUAUGUGGAUGACGAGAAGGUAUGUUGGUUUUAAAGAGAAUACCUUUCUGCGCUUGUGCAUGUUACAAGUUGCACAAAUCAUGCUUCUAUAUCACGCUUGCUAUCUAAUAUUUAGAAGGCACAAAUGGUUAAGUCUUGCUGCUGAUUUAUUAAAAGAAUGACGCAGGUCCUCUCGACCAAUCACAGAGCUUUUAAUGAUCUUUCCGUUCUUUUCUUCCCAGAUGUGCGGUGUGAAUGGCGUGACCUUCAAGAGCAUCUGUCACGCUUCUGUCCACAACAACUACGUAGAUUACCCUGGAAUGUGUGACGACGUUGAUCCGAAGUACAACAUCGAUUUCAACAAGAAACCUUUCCAUGAAUAUGUGAAUCCCCGUUGUAAAACUGUUGAGGUAAUUGGUAAAUGUGCUCCAGUGGACUGUCAGAAUUAUGUCAUUCCUGAAGGAAGCUGUUGUCCCGUGUGCGGUGAGAGUUAUAUCAAAGUUUAAAUGGUUUUUCUUGGUUCCUCUAAGACUGGUAACAAUUGGAGGUCAAAAGAUAAAUACAAAUAAUUUACGAAAACCAAUCGAAAUGAGAGUUUGUAGCAUAAUCAACCAAACACGGGCCAAGGCAAGUGCAUGGCAAUAAAGGCGGGAAAACGCGUGUGCCCAAAUCGCAGUUGAAUUUCGUUCGGCAUCUUAUUGGCUUAGGAAGGUUGCACGAUUUUCAAAAUCAAUCACAGAAAACCUUAGCCAAUCAAAUGCGUACGUGCGUCAAACAUAGGAAGAUAACACUUAUUCACGUCAAAAAAGCUAACUGCUAAAUAAAUAGGUCAACAACAUAUCAUUAGGUGAUUAAGAAAAGAACAUAUCGUUACAAUUACACACCUUCAGACCACAGACCAGUUUAACAUAUAAAAUGUUGAAAAGACGAUUAACUCACACCUUCAAGACUAAUCGGUUGUAAAACAAUCGUUCAACCAAUAGGAAUUUGGUUACCUCCAUUUCUAAGCACUCCAGACAGUUUGUUUUUUUUUUCACUUUUAUUGAGCACCUUCUGAAAAGCCGUUUGGUCGUGUUGUGAUGACUGGCCAUCGUGGUUACUUUAGUUUUAAUUUUCCAACGCUCAAAUCGAAUAAAGCGCUUCGCAGUAAGAAUACCACUAAAUCUGUAGUGCCGUGCAGGCGAUAAAAAUGCAAAACAGACAUGUUAAAAAAUGCGGCAUUGUAUCUCCACUGGCGAUUAAAUCCGUAUGAGUGGUUAUUUUUUUUCCUUGUAGGAACUGCUGUGAGCAUUCGACUGGAUACUGCAGUGCGGGAUAUGGCCGUGAACGACAAAGUACAACCACUAAAAGAUCUCAACCGGGUCGACCCCAUCUUUCUCGAGCUGAAAAAUCUGUCUGACCGGUUUGGUGGGUUUGACAAGUGCCAGCUGACCGCAGAUCUCGUGGACACCCACGACAUCUCAGUGGUGUUUAAACCAAUCAAAACACAGGAUUUGGACGCAUGCAAGCAGGUGGCAGAGAUACUCGUCGCUUUCAUCAAUUCUCCCGCAAAAAGUGAACUGGAGCCCACAAAAGCGAUGCUUGCAGUCGCGGUCCUGAAGGAUCGCUCACGGACAUUUUUACCCAGAGCCGAAUAUAUGAUGGCGAAACGGAGGAAAAAACGAAGUGAACAUCAUGAACACGAACCAUUUUAUUACGAGUAUGAUGAUGAUGAUUAUUAUACGUACGAGUUUAGUGAAGGAAAUCGGAAACGUAUUCAACUUAACCUUCUCUUCCUGACGUUUUCAAGUUUGUUCUGCUCAACAAACUUAAUCUUUAAUUGUAACCUGAUUUAA